AGCCGCCAGAUCCCGCGAGAUCAGCCGGGAACGGGGAGCGGGAAUGGCCGCUUCUAGUAUCCCCGCUGACCGAAAGCGGAGAGCACAUCCUCCAGCAGCAGGGAGCCAGAGUAAUGGCUUGAAAAAGUCCCAAAAGAUCUCAGAUCACACUACAUUGAAUCAUGCACUCGAGGAGAUAAAAGCUUUUCUCGUUAAUGAAGAUGAGUUGCAUCACUUUGAUGACCUCACUAAAGUCAACCCAGUGACAACUACUACAGUUUUAAAAUGUCUGCAUGCAAGAUAUGAGACCAAUGUGUUUUACACCAAUGCCGGUUGUACGCUGGUGGCUCUUAAUCCAUUCCAACCAGUGCCUAACUUGUAUUCCCCUGGCAUUAUGAAGGAAUACCACACUGCGUCUCAACCACAGGAAUUGAAACCGCACAUCUUUACAGUGGCUGAGGAAGCCUUCAGGAACGUACAGAGCCUCAUUGAACCAGUUAAUCAGUCGCUGAUUGUCAGUGGAGAGAGUGGUGCUGGAAAGACCUGGACAUCUCGGUGCCUUAUGAACUACUUUGCCACAGUCUCUGCCUCAUCUAUUUCUGCUAAAUGCCAAGAAAAUGUAGAAAAGAUAGAAAAGAGAGUAUUAGACUCCAAUCCUGUGAUGGAGGCAUUUGGAAAUGCUUGUACACUACGGAAUUACAACAGCAGUCGAUUUGGCAAAUACAUCCAACUGCAGUUAAACAGAUCACAGCAGCUGGAGGGAGCCUCUGUUCAGACUUACCUAUUGGAGAAAACACGAGUUGCCUAUCAAGCUCCAUCUGAAAGAAAUUUUCACAUUUUUUAUCAGGUAAUGAAAGGAGCCACUGAGGAGCAGAGGUUGGAGUGGGGUCUUCCUGAAGCAGCAGAAUUCUUCUGGUUACCAAAUGCUGACAAAAUGUUAGAAGAGGACCAAUUUGAAGAAACCAAAGAUGCAAUGCUACAUUUGGGUAUUGACCGUGGCACACAAGAGCAGGUGUUCAGGGUUCUAGCUGGUCUUCUAAAUCUUGGCAAUGUGCGAUUUAGCGUGCCUACCGAUGAGUCUCGCCCUUGUGAUCUCAAAGAAAAAGCUAAAUGCUUUCUUAAGAAUACUGCAAAUCUACUCAAGGUUUCUGAGGAGAACUUUUUGGAACAGCUCAGAGUCCGGACUAUUACAGCAGGCAGACAGCAACAAAUCUUUAAAAAGCCUUGCUCUAAAAUAGAGUGUAGCACGAGAAGAGACUGUGUGGCCAAAGUCAUCUAUGCGAAGUUGUUUGAGUGGCUGGUAAAAGUUAUAAAUGGCUCCAUAUGCUCAGAUUCUUUCAGGUGGACACAUUUUAUAGGUCUGUUGGAUGUAUACGGAUUUGAGUCAUUUCCACAAAAUAACUUGGAACAGCUUUGUAUUAACUAUGCAAAUGAAAAACUCCAGCAGCACUUUGUGGCACAUUAUCUCAAAGCACAGCAGGAGGAAUACAGUGCAGAAGGUCUGGAGUGGUCCUUUGUUAGUUACCAGGAUAACCAGAGAUGUUUAGAUCUGAUUGAGGGAAAUCCCAUCAGCAUCUUUUCCCUUUUAAACGAGGAGAGCCGUCUCAACCGACUUCCAGAUGCAAACGAAUUUAAAACUCGCCUCCAGGCAGCCUUGGCCAGUAACCACUGUCUGAGUUGGAAUGUGUUUAGCAAGGUUCCCAAUUUCAUAGUGGCUCAUUAUGCCGGCAAGGUUAACUACCAGAUUGAAGGAAUGAUGGAAAAGAACAAGGAUCCUGUCCCACCAGAGCUGGUUCAGUUGCUACAGAAAUCUCAGGAUGCCUUGCUGAAGGAGCUUUUUCCUGUUGAAGGGAAGGCACACGAUGAUAAUAAAGCUCAGAACAAAGCAGCUACUGUGGUCUCCAAAUUUAAGGGUUCACUGGAAAGGCUAAUGCGUAUAUUGAACAGCACCACACCUCACUACAUCAGAUGCAUCAAGCCUAACAUGGACUGCAAACCUUUCCUUUUCAGAUCAGAGGAGAUUCUCAGCCAGUUAGAAGCUUGUGGUAUAGUUGAAACAAUCAACAUCAGUGCAGCUGGAUUCCCUAUUAGGGUCCCAUACCAGCAUUUUUUGGAACGCUAUGGACUCCUGAGAACACUUUGGCAACUGAAUUUAAAUACUGCAGCUAGCUUUAAUGGAUGCUGUCCUGCAAAAAAGAGGAAAGGUUCAUCAACAGAUGGCAGCACUGAGGCUUUGCAGUUCACUGUGCAGGACAUUCUCACUAAUGUGUUAGCUGGCCAAAGUGCAAUAUCAUCCUAUAAGCCAACUGAGAACAGGUCAUGUAACUCAUUGGUACAUUGUGGCAAAACAAAAGUGUUCAUGACUCAUAGUAUGCUCGAAAUGCUUGAAAGUGCAAGGAGUCAAAUACUUUCCAAGAAAGCACUUUGUAUUCAAUAUAGCUGGCGAAGAUAUCGUCAAAGAAAAUUAGCACGGUUAAGGCGAGCAGCAACUAUCAUUCAAGCAGCUAUCAGAUCGUGGUUGACCAGACAGUCAAUUAAAAAACUCCAUCAUGCUGCCAUGGUGCUGCAACAAGCGUGGAAAACCUGGAAAAUUAAAAUGGAAGCCUUGGCAGCAGAAGAAUUGGAUGAUGCAACAGAUUUUAAAGAAAUGGAAUUGGUUCCAGGUUCUCCUGUUCGCUCUCCUUUAUCUCUGUCAUUACAUGAUUCACCGAACAAGCUUUCCCAAGGUACUCAGUUCCAAGAUCUAAAGUUAUUCUGCUGGCCUCUGGGUCUAAUCAUGUCAUCUUUUUGCAUUAUUGGAAUGAUUCCAUCUGUAUCUGGAACACUUAAGGCCUUUACUCGACUGGCUGCCUUGAAGGUGAGAUGGAGAAGUAACCAUAAGGUGGAACGUAAUCAGUCUGACCAGGGUAUUGCUUCUAUUAGAGCUUUACCUGAGGUACAAGUAAAGUUCCACUGCAGACGAUCUCCAUUGCUUUUUGCUGAUAUUUAUCCAGAACACCAAAAAUGCACAAUCAUUGGUCUGAACCAGAUUUUAUUGGAAAAGAUGUAAAAUUAACCAUGCCCCUGUAAAACUAUAUAGGGAAACUUGUUACUACAUUCCCUUGCAAGAACAUUUCUGAUGCUGGUAGAAGCCAUAGUCAGAAACGUUGAUCAGAUUAGUCCCUGAUCUACAUUACUGAUGGAUUGUAAUGAGGUUCGGAUAAAAUUAAUUUGUAAUGCAAGAACAUAAAUCUACCACCAAAAACAAAAAUCAGUUUUGACUUCACACCUAUUGAGCAAAAUUCAAUAUGCACAUGUGUCACUGGGUGCGUGUCUCUUACAGGGAGUGUGGGUGUGUGUCUCUAGGUCUGUCUCUGUGUGUGUGGGUGUGUCUCACUGGGUGUGUGUCUGGAUGUGUCUCUGGGUUUGUGUGUGUCUUGGUGUGUAUCGCUGGGUGUUUAUCUAUGGGUGUGCGUCUGGGCAUGUCUCUAGGGGUGUGUGUCUCUGGGGGUGUGUGUAUGGGUGUGCAUCUGGGCGUGUGUCUAAAUGUGUCUCGGGGUGUGUGUCACUGGGUAUUUGUCUCUGGGCAUGCAUCUGGGUGCGUGUCUAGAUGUGUGUUGGGGUCUGCGUGUCUCUCGGUGCAUGUCUCUGGGUGUGUGUGUCACUGGGCGUUUGUCUCUGGGAGUGUGUCUAAAAAAUCUGAUUGAACUUUAUUGUUCAACAAAAUGUAAUUUUAGAGAAAACAAAACCAGAACAGUGCAAUACUGCGAUUGUCUAGAGAAUCUAAACAUGAGGUGGAAGUCUUACCCAUGUACUGCCUGUUACUGCACACUACACUUUCUAUCAAGUCUGUGCUUAUACUACCUUUCUGAUGAAAAAUUCAAUCCAGAAUAUCAUAGUUCAUUACUCUUUCAAUAUAUAUGUUGGUAUACAUGUUGAAAUCCAUGUUGCACAAAUAAGUGCCUUACCUCAGGUUAGUUGAUUUGAACAAAAUCCUACAAUUAAUGUGUACUCAUAGGAACACUACAGUUAAGAAUUUCUUUUUGCAGUUUUUUUUAUUCAGGCUCCUGAAAUUGGAGAAACUUAAAAUAUUUUCUUAUUUUUCUGAAUGUAAGACACAUUUUCAACCUGACUCCUAACUCAGGAAACUUUAAGAGUUUUGUUUUGUUAUUUGGUUUUCUGCAGCCUUUCCUAAUUAAAUUAAAUAACGCUACUGUGUUUUUCUUCAUAGUUGCAAAACAUGAUUAGGAGCUAUGACAUUCUUUGGGACCAGACCAAGAGAAAUAAUUUUAUGGACUUCUUAAUGUAGAGUACUGACUGUAAAAAAAAAAUACACUGAAAAGUUUCAAAUUUCUCUCUUGCAUGGCAUUGAUACUCUUGGGUAUUGUGGAAAGACCUAGCUAUCUUGUCUUGAUAAAUCCCUAGACAUACUGGACACUAACAUUGUAGCACACUAAAUUAUUUCUAGAUUGCUGUCUUCUAGAUAGCUAUAAGAUUUUUUGGACAAAAAUAUAGGCUGUAUAACUCUUGUUAAACAAAUUAUUUCUCGAUUGCUUUUUAGACAGCUAUUAGAAUUUCUGGACAAAAAUAUAGGCUGUUUGGUUUGCCACAUUUUGUGAUCAAUGCUGCUCUGCAGUCAGCCAGCCGGCAGUCCUUGUUUAAGCAGGGUAUAUGUCCACUGACUGAAGGUCCAUAUCAAGGGAGAAAAAAUUGUUUGAUUGGAAGCUAAUGAUGCUCAACUCACUAAGACAAAUGGAUUGAAGUAGCAAGAAAAACAUGGUUAUAAACUUGAUGGGGGUUGAGCGCUCUGAGGACCCAGGUUCUCUCGCAAAGUAACCAUACUUUUAGAAAAGUGCUUAUUUUUCUUCUGCUUUCUGCCACUGUUGUCAUUUUCUGAUGGUGUGUGAUCAGGCCUGCAACUUUUCACUGAGAGUUGAAUAAGUAUUUGGGAUCAGCCCGGUCACUUCCUCCAGUCACAGUUGAAUAUUGGGUUCCACAUCCUCCAAUUUGCUGCUAUGCUCUGUAUCACUGAGUUGCUACGUGUACAUUCCUUUGUUGAAACUACAUCCAAGGACUAACUGAUUUGUCAUCUCUAUUCAUAACACUAUAUUCAACUGUUAUUCAUGGAAAUAACUUAAAAUAUAUGUGUAUUAUGAGCAGUCUUGAUAGUAUGAUGAGGGCUGCAAAAGUUUUAACUGGACGAUAAAGUUGCACUAAGUAUUAACCUUAUGGAUUAAUGUAAGUAAAAAUGUUUAGUUUUAAAAAUAUUAUUUGCCAAAUUGGUAUUUUUCAUUGAAAAAAAAAUCCAUGUUGAAACCUAUUACUGAUGGUAGGUAAUCCUCCAGGGUAAUGGUAAUAACUAUUAUAUUCUUAUCAGUCAGUGACAAUGGUGCUGCAGUGACAUUGAACACCCCUAAGAUAUACAUUUUUGGGUGCUGGCAUGCAUUGUAUUUUUAUUUCUUGUGCAGUGCAAUCUCAGGCAGGAAUUCCUUCAUUUCUCUAUUCUAAUUACUUCAAAUCAAGGGCUGUUAUUAAACAAAAAACAUGGGAUUGUUGAUUAAAUUUGUUUCUUUCAAAAUCACCUGAGUGAUAAAUGAAUUAAGUAUUUAUAUACUGUUAUAUAUUCAGUGAAAGCAAACUCUAUGUACAAAUGAGAAACUGAUUUAUGUUGUAUUAAACAUAUACCCCUAAA